CAAAUAUCUUCAUUGACCGCUGGUCCACCUCCGUCUGCUUGAUGAUUUACAAUAAUGGCGACGCUUUUAUUCUGAGUGUACUUCUGCAAGCCAUUUGACAAAAUAAAUACAUUUGAGGAGAACAAUCAAAUACAUAUGAUAAUAAACGUAGCAGGAAACAAUUAUUCCAACAAAAAAAGGACUAAACUACACUACCUGGCUAAUGUGUUACUUAAGUUGUGGAGGUGGCAUUCUUGCGGAGGCACAAGCGCUAACGUUAGCUAGCAGCUAACAAAGGUCUACAAUUUCGUGACGAUGUGGCUACUUUACAAGCUCUUGGGGUGACACUUUCUUGUGGUCUUGGGACGAAAAACAACUUAAAGGGGAUACUGAGACGUAUCAGUUAUUUCCACAACGUUACAGAACAGCUUGUGGAGUGGAAAGUGCGUGCCAUUCAACAGCUUACUUUGUCUGCUAACGUUAACUCGCUAGCUAGCAUUUAGGCUAUCUUGGCUUUGCUUCCCAGUUCACUGCGUUGUUGUUUUUAGUUGGUUAACUUAACAUAUAACAUUCACAUUACGAUACAUUUGUCGCUAGGGUGUUUCUGCUAUCUUGUUUUUGAACGUUACAGUAAGCAGGCUAGCCACACAGUUCGGCGUGCUACUUGCAAACUAACAAGAUAUUGCUGAAUUGUGUUCUUCUGGACAACAGACAGAUUUUGCAUCGCAAAAUUAUCCUGCCGAACACAGUUAACGUUAGUUAGCAAUCUAGCAUAUUCUGCUAGCUGGCAAUUUGCGACACCUUUUCGUAAAUGACUACCGGCAGGAAUAACCGUGUGAUGAUGGAAGGAGUUGGUGCAAGAGUGAUCCGCGGACCCGAUUGGAAAUGGGGUAAACAGGAUGGUGGAGAGGGACAUGUAGGCACCGUCAGGAGUUUUGAAAGUCCGGAAGAAGUGGUUGUUGUCUGGGAUAACGGGACUGCAGCCAACUACCGGUGCUCUGGUGCAUACGACGUGAGGAUAUUUGAUAGUGCUCCCACAGGUAUCAAGCAUGACGGCACCAUGUGCGACACCUGUCGUCAGCAGCCUAUCAUCGGGAUCCGCUGGAAGUGUGCUGAAUGCAACAACUAUGACCUCUGCACCACCUGUUACCAUGGAGACAAGCACCACCUGCGACAUCGCUUCUACAGGAUCACUACCCCUGGUAGCGAGAGAGUCCUGUUGGAGUCUCGCCGUAAGUCGAAGAAGAUCACAGCCCGAGGCAUCUUCACCGGUGGCCGGGUGGUGAGAGGAGUGGACUGGCAGUGGGAGGAUCAGGAUGGAGGCAACGGAAGGAGAGGAAAGGUGACAGAGAUCCAGGACUGGAGUGCAGCCAGCCCCCACAGUGCAGCCUACGUCCUCUGGGACAAUGGGGCCAAGAACCUCUACAGAGUGGGCUUCGAGGGGAUGUCGGAUUUGAAAUGUGUCCAGGAUGCCAAAGGAGGCUCUUUCUACAGAGACCACUGCCCUGUUCUCGGUGAGCAGAAUGGCAACAGAAACCCAGGCGGUUUGCAGAUCGGAGACCUGGUCAACAUCGACUUGGACCUGGAAAUAGUCCAGUCCCUGCAGCACGGCCACGGAGGCUGGACAGACGGUAUGUUCGAGACUCUCACCACCACCGGUACCGUGUGUGGCAUCGACGAGGACCACGACAUUGUGGUGCAGUACCCCAGUGGGAACAGGUGGACAUUCAACCCUGCAGUGCUGACCAAGGCCAACGUGGUGCGUAGUGGGGAAGGUGUUGCGGCGGGGGCAGAGGGAGGCAGCUCCCAGUUCCUGGUGGGAGACCUGGUCCAGAUCUCCCAGUUCCCAUGGGGAACACGCAUGGGGAGUGGGCCGAGGCCGCAUGGGGAGUGGGCCGAGGCCAUGCUGCCUACACUGGGCAAGGUGGGCCGCGUGCAGCAGAUCUACUCUGACAGCGACCUGAAGGUGGAGGUGUGUGGAACGUCAUGGACCUAUAACCCUGCUGCCGUCACCAAGGUGGCCCCCACUGGCUCUGCUGUCACCAACGCCUCCGGAGAGCGUCUGUCUCAGCUGCUGAAGAAGCUGUUUGAGACCCAGGAGUCGGGUGAUGUCAAUGAGGAACUGGUCAAAGCAGCAGCCAAUGGAGACCUGGCCAAGGUGGAGGACAUCCUCAAGAGACCUGACGUGGACGUGAACGGGCAGUGUGCUGGACACACGGCCAUGCAGGCGGCCAGUCAGAACGGACACGUGGACGUCCUCAAGCUGCUGUUGAAACACAACGUGGACCUGGAGGCUGAGGACAAGGAUGGAGACCGGGCGGUGCACCACGCGUCCUUCGGAGACGAGGGCUCUGUGAUCGAGGUGCUGCAGAGGGGCGGUGCCGACCUGAACGCCAGGAACAAGCGCAGACAGACCCCACUGCACAUUGCUGUCAACAAAGGCCAUCUGCAGGUGGUCAAGACCCUGCUGGACUUUGGCUGCCACCCCAGCCUCCAGGACUCCGAGGGAGACACGCCCCUGCAUGACGCCAUUAGUAAGAAGAGGGACGACAUGCUCUCUGUGCUGCUGGAGGCGGGAGCUGACGUCACCAUCACCAACAACAACGGAUUCAACGCCCUGCACCACGCCGCCCUGCGAGGGAACCCCAGUGCCAUGCGUGUUUUGCUGGCCAAGCUGCCGCGGCCCUGGAUCGUAGAUGAGAAGAAAGAUGACGGUUACACCGCCCUGCACCUGGCGGCGCUCAACAACCACGUAGAGGUGGCCGAGCUGCUGGUUCACCAGGGCAGUGCCAGCCUGGACAUCCAGAACGUAAACCAGCAGACAGCCCUGCACCUGGCUGUGGAGAGACAGCACACACAGAUAGUCAGGCUGCUGGUGCGAGCAGAGGCAAAGCUGGAUGUGCAGGACAAGGAUGGGGACACUCCUCUCCACGAGGCGCUGCGUCACCACACUCUGUCCCAGCUCCGCCAGCUACAGGACAUGCAAGACGUCAGCAAGGUGGAGCCCUGGGAACCCUCCAAAAACACGCUGAUCAUGGGCCUGGGCACCCAGGGAGCAGAGAAGAAGAGUGCAGCAUCCAUCGCCUGCUUCCUGGCAGCUAACGGAGCAGACCUGACCAUGCGCAACAAGAAGGGCCAGUCCCCUCUGGACCUCUGCCCUGACCCCAGCCUCUGUAAGGCCCUGGCCAAGUGCCACAAGGAGAAGAUCAGUGGCCAGGUGGGCUCUCGCAGCCCGUCUCUGAACAGUAACGGUGAGACCCUGGAGGAGUGUAUGGUGUGUUCUGACAUGAAGAGAGACACCCUGUUCGGACCGUGCGGACACAUCGCCACCUGCUCUCUCUGCUCCCCCCGCGUCAAGAAGUGCCUCAUCUGCAAGGACCAGGUCCAGUCCAGAACCAAGAUCGAGGAGUGUGUCGUAUGUUCUGACAAGAAGGCUGCCGUGCUUUUCGAGCCCUGCGGUCACAUGUGCGCUUGUGAAAACUGUGCCGGCCUCAUGAAGAAGUGCGUACAGUGCCGGGCUGUUGUGGAACGCCGCACACCCUUUGUCCUUUGUUGUGGAGGGAAAGGUAUGGAGGGUGAUGCCGCUGAUGAUGAUGAUGAUGAUGAUGAUGAUGAGGACCUUACAGGUAACUCGAACUCCGCUCUAAUGGCAGGGGGCUCGCUGGAUCUGCUCCAGCCCAACAAUCUGGCACUAAGUUGGUCCAGCGGUAAUAUCCCAGCCAUGCAGAGAGACAAAGACAACACCAAUGUCAACGCUGACGUUCAGAAACUGCAGCAGCAACUGCAGGACAUCAAGGAGCAGACCAUGUGUCCAGUGUGCCUGGACCGGCUGAAGAACAUGAUCUUCAUAUGUGGCCACGGCACCUGCCAGCUGUGUGGCGACCGCAUGAGCGAGUGCCCCAUCUGCCGCAAGGCCAUCGAGAGGCGCAUCCUUCUGUACUAGAAUCCCAGGCUUCAGUCUGAGCCUUCUACACCCCCACCACCCCCAUUGUCAAGGCCCUUCGAGAGGCGCAUCCUCCUGUACUAGAGUCUCAGGCAGGUCUCGGCCUAAUAACCCCCAUCUACAACCAGCCACACCAGCUGCUGCUCUCCCAUCUAUCUCGGUGUCUUUACACCAGAAAAACAAAAACAUCAGAAUUACCAAUGUUGCUUCUUUUAAAAUUUUUAACUUUGUUAUAAAACAAUCAAACAUUGUACUGAAAGAGGUCUUUGGGGUUGUAGCUCAGCUGAAAGCCUGUAGCAGCCUGAUUCUUUGCUUUUCUCCUCAGAAUGCCCUUUCUCCUCUCUCUCGUAUCUCUCUCUCGCUCUUCUCCCCCUCCUCUCUGUUUUCCUGUUUAUGUGUGAGAACGCCUCUUCCUGUUAUUAUUGUAGUGGGGUUAUUGGCACACAUCCCAACACUGCCCUAUGUUGGCCUUGGGAUAUGGACUGAGGGAUAUGGUCAGAGCAACUUAGUCCCAUUUACAAGGUCCUAUUCAUUAGGGCACACUGCCUCCCCUGUCGAAGGGCUGCCUCUCCUGUCGAAGGGCUGCCUCUCCUGUCGAAGGGCUGCCUCUCCUGUCGAAGGGCUGCCUCUCCUGUCGAAGGGCUGCCUCUCCUGUCGCUAAACUUAAAACCCAUUUAUCAUUGAUUCUAUUUGUAUUUCUUAUGCAAGAGUAUUGGUAAUAGAAGCUACUGACAUGGAUAUUCACUACUUUUGUAGUUUACUCAACAUUUCAUGAUAGCUACAAUAUGAUGACAUAUUUUUGUACAUGCAAAAAAAAUGCGAUGUCCAGCACUUUUACAAGUUCAACCAGUCUUCUGCUACAUGUGCAUAUUUGAGAUGGGUUGUCGUGACAUGUUGGAGAUUUUGGCAAUGAGGCCCUUUAUUUCCCCAGUCAGAUGAACUUGUGGAUACCAUUUUUAUGUCUCUGUGGAGUUUGAAGGAAGUUGCUAACUAGCGCAAUUGCUAACUAGCGUUAGCGCAAUGACCUGAAGUCUGCAUACUAUGCUAGCAGAUUCAAUAGACUUCAGUCAUUGUGCUAAUGCUAGUUAGCAAUGGAUCGCUAAAACUACCUCUAACUUCCUUCAUACUGGACACAGACAUAAAAAUGGUACCCACAAGUUCAUUGGACUCUGGGGCAGUAGACAAAGGUCAUUGCCAAAAUCCCGAAGUAUGCCUUUAAGACCUGCACAGGGCAGGUUAGCACAAAAACUGCUGAUUGAACUAAAGCAAAAUUGCUGUUCUGUUUGUCUAGACUUUGGAGGUCCAAAUCCACCUUAACUCUGACUGACUGAUAAGGUGGUGAUACCGCUGCAGUCCAAUCGUCUGCUAACACCUCAUCACCUGUACCUUGUUUACCAACCUCUCUCUCUGGAGAAACACAGACAGGCCAGGCAGUACAACUUUAGCAUUACAACACCCUUGGUCUGCAAUUGUUAAUACUUAAGUACAGUAAACCCAGUAUAGAUGCAAGUCAAGACAGUGUUUCAUUCAGCCUACUUAUAAGUGAAUACUAUCAUGUACCUGCUGGACAUUUCUGAGGAUGAAUUAACUUUAUUGAGCAUUUGUACAAACAGAGUAUGUCAUCAUGAAUGACACAAGUUGUUUUAGAGCUGUUCCAAGACUAUAGAUGGUAUUACCUGUCUGGUAUACAAGCAUCCUAUGAUUCUUAUAAGCAUCGCUAAUAACCAUUGAUUGUUCAUGUGCCAUUGCUUCCAAAAAUGAUUUACCUGUUAAAUGUUGUUUGGGGAUAAGGUGCUCUUAAUCUGGUAUUGCUUUUAUUUAAAUGUAUUUUGCAGAAUGUUUUGUAAUAAACACAUUUAUUGAGCUAGAGUAUACAAUCUAAUAGAAAGCCAAGAUGAUAAAAUGUAGAGUAAAUUAUUUUGUAUUGCUGCCCACAAAUAGGAUUUAGAAGUUUAUCUCUAUAGAGCCUUAGCUAUAAUGUAAUGUAGCCGUCCACUCUCACCCACACAUCCUGCUUAAAUAUCAAUGUUGAAAUGUGUCUUUUAGUUUGAUAGACUUCAAGCAAAAAAAACACGAAGCAUUAUUUGAUCUUGUUUUGUCUGCAGGUCUAACAUGUUCAGAGUCAAUAAUGAGACUGGUGAUGAGGGAGACAAUGUUGUCAGGUUUUACAUGUAUUCUUCUGCCAGUGUUUUGGGGGAUAGAAAGAAAAUGGUUCCACUGGUGAAGUUGACACUAAUAAGGCAGAUCCGUCUGUGUGGAGCUGUUCACCUCGGUAUAAGCUGACCAGCUUGACCACACAAAUAAGCAAUUUUAUAGGAAAGAACGUUUUUACUCCCCGUUUUUAUUUCACGGAUGGUGUUAACAUUCUAAAAGCACUAAUAUUGCUUUAUGGUAGUAUUGUCUUGUUAGUUGUUAUAAAGGCCUAUUUUGUACCUUAUGUUCAAAACGUAUUAAACCCGUCAAGAUUUAAAGGUUUCAAUAGUAUUCUUUCCCUUUUUAGGCAUGAAUAUUUAAUUUAUGCAGUAUGACAUGUAUUAUAAAAGCUGGUCACUGUAUUGCUUAAGUGCUUUUCAAAGCACCAUGUAACUGAAAUAAAGUUCUGAAUGAAUCUUGA